AUGAACAGGGCAUCGUUAUGGAUGUGCCAGGCUAGAUUACACAGUAUAUUUCACAAAGAUAUAGGAGUUCUCAGCAAUCGUCGAGUCAUUCCUAAGCUCAAGGAGAAAACAACCGAGGAUUAUAGCACACGAGAAGGCCAGGCUUUUAUUGCUCCUGUAACGUCUCUCAAUCGAUGCCGCGGAGGGCAGAGGGAUGAUGUCAAAGAGGAAUGGAGAGAUAGCCAUAGCAACGAAGAAAAUGAAGAGACGGCAACUGUUCCGCUGUUGCCGGUCCCCAUGAGUGUUACUAGAGCCAGAGUUUCCUUGACUAAAAUACUUUGA